AUGCCGCCGGCCAACAGUGCUUUCGAUGAGGCAGUGCGUCUUCUUGGAGUGUGGCUUCAAUGGGAUGGGAAACAUGAUCGUGACACUAAGGAACACCUCGCGGCAGCCAGCAAGUUGUGGGGUAAGCUUUCCCGCCAGCUAGGCCGCUUAGGCCUCACUGUGAAGGACAAGGGCGUGGUGGUCAAGGCUACUGUCGUGAACUGUUUUUUGUUUGGCUGUCAGAGGCGCACGUUUUCCAGUCGUCAACUCGCUGAUUAUCAACAGCUGCUGAAUCGCAUCACGUUUGCAAUCUGCUCUCAGUAUCGCAGGACGAUGUCUGAUGAUCAGGUGACGUUAGCUGACUUACGCAAAAAAUGUGGCCUGCUGCCGGUGCGACACAUGAUUGAGUAUAGACAGCUUCAGUAUCUCGGACACUUGGCUAGACUGCCAGAAUCGCGCUUGGAACGUCAGUUUCUUUGGGCGGCCAUGUGGCCGGAGUCGGAGUUAAAGAGUUUCAGGACUGGAACACUCCUGCGUCACACGUACUGGCGGGUACUCCAGCAGGUGUUGGCGUUCUCUGACCUCUCCAAAGACCAGUGGGCCUCCUCCUGGACGAACCUUGCCGUGAAACAGGAUGGUACGGUCUGGCGAGGUCUGUUGAAGCGGUGGCACCAAGCAAAGAUGCAGAAGGAAAGUGGUUAUGAAUGGAAAAACAAACAUUCUGCGGAGGGCCUUACAGCUGCUCGUCGUGCUGCGGCUGCUGAAAGGGCUCGGUUUUCCACGGGCGCUCUACUACAGCCUACUGGGAAGUACUUGUGUCCGCAUCCUGAAUGUGGGGUCCAAAUGCAUCUACGCUCGUUUCGUUUGCAUAUCCCAGCAUGUGCUAAGCUUACGGAGGCUGCUCGGCGAACGAGGGCAGUCCAGCGUGAGCAACGUGAACGUCGGGUCGCUGAACGUGCACCUCAACCAGUUCGUCGCAGGCCGGCUGCUGCUCCACUCGCGGCACAGGCCCCAGAGGGGCCGACUUCUCGCGACCUCCAGAAAAAGUUUGGCCUCAGCGAUGGCUUGAACAAGAAAAAGUUUAUCAACGUGGCAAAGCUUUUCAAGAGCGAGCGCGGCCGAUGUCCACAACUGAUUUGCCAGCUCCUCGACGUGGUGGCGCAGACCCUGCAGAUCCUAAAAAGACAACACCAAAUGCUCCAAGCACAUGAGAUGUUGCCCAGCAAUGACGUUUGA